AUGAUGUACAACAACAACACCUACAUGCCUCCUCAACAACCACAAUACCAACCACAACCUCAGGUCCAUAUGACCACUAUGACCACUACCACCAGUACCAUGAUGGGAGGUUCCUCCAAUUUGGGAAAGCAAAUUCUUGCAGCAAUUAAGGCUUUGACUCAACUGAAAUCGACCAAUAAUGUGGCUAGCAUGUCUUGUUCCGAUGCUGCCAAUAUUCUCUCUUGCUUUGGAUUUGAUAAUGAUAAGAUGAAGGCUUUGGAAUUGAUUGCUGGUCAAAUCUAUGAUCGUAUGCAAAACGCUGAGACUGUGGUGAGCAAAUUUGGUUUCUCGAAUGAUCAAAAUAAGGCCAGACAAGUCUUGAUGAAGUAA